UAUUUAUGACAAUCUUUAAAAUCAAGCACUACUCUAGUAACUCCUUACAAUCACUAAUUUUCUCUCUUUCAUUUUUUGUAGCAGUGCGUUCACUGGUGUUCACUCUGCUGUUGCUCUUUUCUGAUGGGAAUCUUCCUUUCUUCACAGGAAAUGGAACAGUUUGUCCAGAGCUCUGGAGAAGAUGGUAUUGUGGUGUUUAGCCUGGGGUCGAUGGUCUCUACUUUGACUGAAGAAAAGGCCAAUAUGAUUGCCUCAGCCCUGGCCCAGAUUCCUCAAAAGGUUAUAUGGAAACAUAAAGGCAAAAAAAAAAAACCAGACAUAUUAGGACCAAAUAUUUGCCUGUAUAAAUGGAUCCCCCAAAAUGAUCUUCUGGGUCAUCCAAAAUCCAAAGCCCUUAUAACUCAUGGUGGAGCCAAUGGAGUCUAUGAGGCCAUCUACCACGGGAUCCCAAUGGUGGGCCUCCCUUUGUUUGCGGAUCAACCUGAUAACAUUGCUCGAAUUCAGAUCAAGGGAGCAACUGUCAGACUGGACAUUGACACAAUGUCUAGUGCAGAUUUUCUCAAUGUAUUGAAGGCAGUUAUUAAUGACCCUUUAUAUAAGGAGAAUGCUAUGAAAUUGUCUAGAAUUCAUCACGACCAACCAAUGAAGCCCCUGAAUCAAGCUGUCUUCUGAAUCGAGUUUGUCAUGUGCCACAAAGGAGCCAAACACCUGCAGCCAGCCUCCUAUGAACUCAACUGGGUCCAGUACCACUCUUUGGAUGUGAUUGGGUUCCUGCUGGCCUGUGUGGCAGCUGCUAUUCUUGUCAUCACAAAAUGUGUUCUCUUUUGUUGCUGGAAGUUUGCCAAAACAGGAAAGAAGGGGAAGAGAGAGUAGUGUUUCUGAGCCUGAAGCUGAUCUACCUAACAGAUGGGACCCAUCCAGUUUAUUCCAGCAAGAAAUAGUUGCUCCUCCUGGGACAAAAUGACUUUGCACAAUUUGGCUUCACAUUUCAAAAUUGGUUUGCAAGUGAUUUCUACCUGUUUAAGAGUUAUAAAUAUGUCAUCCCAAAGAUAAAAACUGGUAAAUACAAAACAAUAAUACAUCUAUGUGAAUUUCUAUUUAAAUUCUAUUCAUAUUAAAUGUUAAACCAAAAAAAAUAAGCCUAUGUGUGUCUCAAGCAUUACACAAGGACACAAGACUAAGUAGUCUGUAUACAUGUCAAUAAUAUUUUGUAAAUACUCAGAAUAUUUUAAUAGUACUUUGGUGCAGAAUUCUGUAGCUUUGUCUUUUGCUAAAGAAACUAUUCAAUAGUUAGAACUGUGUAAAUUGAUUAAAGCUUCCAUUUGAUUU